AUGGAGACUAGGCGGUCAGCGACGGGGAUGACUAGGUGGGCGGAGGCAGAGCGGCGAAGGAGCGAUCUGCAUAGACGAGGCGUUUACCCAGUUUUUCUGCGUCCGGACGGGACGUUUAAUCCUUGGGACUCUGAAGUGGAAAAGGGAAUGACCACUCUGGGUUUUGUUCUCAAAGAAGGAAUUGUGAUUGCUGCUGAUCAUCCAUCCGGCACUAAACCCAACAUUGUUCCACUGAAUCAUUGCAUGGUGGCUACCAUUUCCGGAGGAAAAGACAGAGGAAGAGACAUAUCGUCGUUCACAUCUCUGAUCAACUCUCUGCAAUCUGAGGCAAAACAUGUAACUUCGGUUCACAAUCUGUUGACCUGGCUGGCUGACACUAUUUCGGCUAAGAAAGAGUAUUAUUCGUCAGUAGGAAUACUUAUUGCCGUGUGGAACGAAUCAGAGCGUGGUCUGUAUAAGGUGAAUGGUGAUGGGGUAAUUACUGAAAAUGAUAUACUUGCUACUGGAUCUGGUUCGGCUGUAACAAUCAUGGUGAAAAUGAAGCUCAAAUGCAUAGAGUCUGGAGUGUCUAUACCCAAAGCUGCAGAAAUUGCCAAAACGAGUAUUUGCUUUGUUGCAUAUGAGUCUCCUCAUUAUGGGGAUGCUUUUACCACCUCGGAAGUGAGGGCUUCCAAAAGCACUUUGAGGAGGAUAUGGAAGAAUAUCAAAGCCAGUUCCCUUGUAUCCCCAGGACCCAGGUUAUUGGAAAAGGAUGGUGAUGCGGUAGCUCGUCGUCUUUGUUCUUUUGCUUGGUUUGAUGGUUUUCUUGUGAGACCAAAAUGUUGCAAGGGUGUUGAUAGCAUAUUAAUCAAAAGAAAUCAACGCACUUGGAAUUUCCUCAAAAAUAGCGUUGAAAAGUUUUCAAGUGUUGCUGGUUGGCCAUAAAUUUGCAAGGUUUUUGUUUUUGCACAUACAGUCUCUUUUUGUUGAAUGAGUACAUGUAACGCGGCACUAUGAUUUUUAAGAAAUUCCAGACUUUUCAAAAAUCAGUAAAACAUUUUUUGAAAUCAUUUUUGAAAUUAUGGGCAUUAUUCACAACAUUCACAGUCUAAGUCUUAUCUCGACUCACGGGGAUUUAUAAAUCCGGUUUUCACAAAUGGUUUAUAAUUAAAACAUAUUAUUCAAAUAAACACGUACCAUGAAUAUCUAGAAUCAACAAUCCCAAAACAUACGCGCGAAAAAAAAUUCAACAUGUUUCAUAA